AACAAUGGUUUAUGUAGAGAACAGGAGCUUCUUCAGGGUCCUAUACAGUACACAGUGUCCCAAAUGGAGCCGCCCUUACUUGGUGUCCAAAGGAGCAGCUAACCCUGGCACAGGUAAGGAGUAGUACAGAACUUGUAGUUCCUCCCUGUACUGUAGGGGGCGCUACCAGACAGCCAGUCAGUGCAUACACUUCAGUAAUAGAGGUGAUUUACCAGUAAAAUGCCCAUUCUGAUUGGUCAGUUCCUCCAGUUGUGACACAUUUCACAGAUCUGGACUGUCCCCAUCAUUGUAUGUUGAGUCUGGUUUCAAGUUACAAUGGUCCAGAAAAAAAACAUUGUAUGUUGAAACUAUUGUAUGUUGAGGCCAUUGUAAGUUGAGGGAUCAUUGUAUUAUAAUAUAUAUAACAGAAAUGUAUUAUAAUAUAUAUAGCAUACUGUAGGCUAUAGGCAUUAUCUAACCUGACCUAGAUACACCGGUUGUGUCUUGCUGUCUAGUUCAUACAGUUUACGCAUGCGGUUAGAUUAUUGUAAAGUUCAUACCAUUUGUCUACUGUUGGUUUGUAGAAGAGAUAAGGAACACCGGACACAUGGUAGCUAACCAAAGCCAAGUUUACAUGAUGUCAGAAUUCUCAUUUGCAAGCACUAUAAAAGUGUUGAGGAUAAAGCGAAUUCACCAUGUCAACAUGAAACGGUCCUAAUCUGUCUCUGGGUCACGGCGAUUGACCAGGAGGGAUAGCAUCAGCAGGGAUAGCAGAAGAAUACAGCCCGGUCUUCUAUAACAUCUAGUGUUAUCUUGUUGUGUCAGGAACGACGAUCUCCCAGGACCAUGACUGCUGGCAGUGUUGGACAAGUUUUGCCUUUACUAUUGUUUGCAGCAAUAUUUACUUCUGGGGCUUACGGCAUUUGCCCGCACGAAGACCCUGAAUUACAGCCUUGGCGCCCAGAACCCAGUGAAGAAAAUCAUGUGACUAUUGAUGGGGGCAAAAAGUUCCUUCUGACGUCUUCUGUAACUGUACACUCCAUACAUAUCACCGGCGGCGGAAAACUUGUCAUUAAACCCAGCAAUAAUCCCAUCAUACUCCGAACCAGAUACAUACUGAUCGAAAAUGGGGCCGAGCUACACAUAGGGAGUGAGGACUGUCCAUUCCAAGGACUUCUCACCAUUAUCCUUUAUGGAAGGUCUGAUGAUGGAGAGCUUGCCCAUGACUUCUUUGGUCAUAAAUACAUUGGCGUGGGUAAUGGAGGAACUCUUGAGGUACAUGGAGAGAAGAAGAUGUCCUGGACAUUUCUGGACAAAACCUUGCAUGCUGGUGGCAUGACUGAAGGAGGCUACUACUUUCAAAAGAGUUGGGGGCAUCGAGGGAUCAUUGUUCAUGCUAUUAACCCCAAAACAGGGGACGUGAUUCAUGCUGAUAGGUUCGAUACAUAUAAAUCUAAAGAAGAGAGCACCCGUCUCGCUCACUACAUCAAAUCAGUCCCAGAGGGCACCAUAUUGUCAAUGGCUGUGAAUGAUGAAGGAUCCCGACAUUUGGACUAUUUGGCAAAGAAAAUGAUGACCAAACUUGGAAGCAGACACUUUCUACACCUGGGUUUCCGACACCCCUGGAGUUUUAUCACUGUGAAAGGCGAUCCAUCCAGCUCUGUGGAGGACCACGUGGAAUAUCAAGGAAGUAAAGGGCCGGCCGUGGCUCGCGUGCAUAAACUUUUCCAGGCUGAGAACGGUGAACACUUUAACGUUUCUUUGGCCAGCGAGUGGGUCCAGGAUGUGGAAUGGACGCAAUGGUUCGACAAGUAUGAAAGCACCCGAUCCAGAGACUGGGAAAAGUUGUCGGAAUUCCAGGCUCUCUAUCCAGGCAAAAUCUGCACCCAUCCCAUUGAUAUGCAGGUCACUACCAUUGAUGGGGUCAGUAUACCAGCACAAGUCAUCUACAAAGGAGGCCACGAUUAUAGGUUUCAAUGCCGCCAGAACAACCAGGUUCAUGCACAGUGCCCAAACUACAAAGUCCGCUUUCUUUGUGGAAAGCCAGUGAAACCCAGACUAACAGUGACUGUUGAUACCAAUGUGAACAGCACCAUCCUGCAUCUAGCUGACAAUGCCCAGUCGUGGAGGGCUGGUGAUAUCAUUGUGGUGACCAGUACAGACUAUAGCAUGUACCAGGCUGAAGAGUUUAAAGUUCUCCCCUGCAGAGCUUGUGCCCCCAAUCAAGUCAAAGUGGAAGGACACGCUAAGUAUCUCCAUAUUGGAGAAGAGAUGGAUGGGGUUGAUAUGAGGGCAGAAGUUGGCCUUCUCAGUAGGAAUAUUGUAAUUUAUGGAGAAAUGGAAAAAGGUUGUUACAACAACACUGCAUGUAAAUUCUUUGACUUCGAUACUUUUGGAGGCCAUAUUAAGAUUGGUAAAGGCUUCAAGGCAGUUCAUUUGGAAGGCAUAGAAUUAAAACACAUGGGACAACAAUCGAUGGGACAUUAUCCCAUUCAUUUCCAUACAGUUGGUGAUGUAGAUGAAAAAGGAGGCUAUUACCCUCCCACUUAUGUGAAGGAUAUCUCCAUUCAUCAUACAUUUUCUCGUUGUGUUACUGUUCAUGGCACCAAUGGUUUGCUGGUUAAGGACGUUGUGGGUUAUGACAUUCUUGGUCAUUGUUUUUUCACGGAAGAUGGCCCUGAGGAACGCAACACGUUUGACCACUGCCUGGGUUUUCUGAUCAAAGCUGGGACUUUACUGCCUUCUGACAGGGAUAAUAAAAUGUGCAAGACUAUAACUGAAGGUUCCUAUCCGGGAUAUAUAGCAAAACCCAGGCAGGAUUGCAAUGCUGUUUCCACCUUCUGGAUCGCCAAUCCCAAUAACAACCUCAUCAACUGCUCAGCAGCUGGCUCAGAAGAAACUGGUUUUUGGUUCAUAUUUCAUCAUGUACCUACCGGGCCUUCUGAGGGAAUGUAUGCACCAGGAAAGUCUGAACACACUCCCUUAGGAAAAUUCCACAAUAAUCGGGCACACUCCAACUACAGGGCUGGAAUGAUCAUUGACAAUGGUGUCAAAACAACGGAAGCCACUGACAAGGAUAAGAGACCGAUUCUUACACUUGUUGGAGCACGGUAUGGGCCGCAUCAGGAUGCUGAUCCUUUCAAGCCAAGAGUACCUGCAAUAAUCCAACAUUUUAUUGCUUACAAGAACCAGGACCAUGGAGCUUGGCUGCGGGGAGGGGAUGUUUGGCUGGACGGCUGCCAGUUUUCUGACAAUGGAAUUGGUUUAACCUUGGCCAGUGGAGGGACUUUUCCAGAUGAUGAUGGAUCCAAGCAAGAAAUUAAAAACAGCAUAUUUGUGGGUGAAAGUAACAAUGUGGGGACAGAAAUGGCUGACAACGUUGUCUGGGGGCCUGGGGGACUUGAUCACAGUGGAAGAACACUACCAAGAGGAGUGAAUUUUCCAAUCCGUGGCUUACAGAUCUAUGAUGGACCAAUCAAUGUAGAGAACUGUACUUUUCGCAAAUAUGUCUCCCUGGAUGGACGCCACACCAGUGCAAUUGGAUUCCGCCUAAAUAACUCCUGGCAAAGCUGCCCAUACAACAAUGUGACCAAAGUUACAUUUGAAGAUGUGCCGAUGUCCUCACGAGUUUUCUUUGGAGAGCCUGGGCCAUGGUUCAACCAAAUGAACAUGGAUGGAGAUAAGACCACGGUUUUUCAUGAUAUAGAUGGCUCAGUGUCAGAAUAUCCAGGAGCAUUUUUGGUAAAAGAAGACAACUGGUUAUUAAGACAUCCAGAUUGUUUAGAUGUUCCAGACUGGAAGGGGGCAAUCUGCAGUGGAAAUUAUGCACAGAUCUAUAUCCAAGCACGCAGACCAGCUGAUGCACAGAUGACAAUCAUUAAAGAUGAGUACCCAGAGCAUCCAUUGCACUUAGUGGGAGCACUUGGAAAAAGCAAUCAUUAUCAGCAAUACCAGCCGGUCAUCACUCUGCAAAAAGGCUACACCGUGCAUUGGGAUAAGACCGCCCCUGAGGAGCUGACUCUUUGGCUUAUUAACUUCCAAAAGAAUGACUGGAUUCAAGUAGGAUUUUGUUAUCCUAAAGGGACAACAUUUUCCAUCCUCUCAGACAUUCACAUUCGGCUCGCAAAGCAAACAUUCAAGACAGGAACCUUUAUAUCCACAUUACAGAUGGACAAAGUGCACCUAGCAUACCCUGGCAGGGGGUAUUAUUACUGGGAUGAGGAGUCAGGGCUGCUGUUUAUAAUGCUGAAAGCUCAGAACGAAAAAGAGAAACUCGCCUUUUGCUCAGUAAAAGGUUGUGAGAGAGUGAAAAUCAAAGCCAACAUCCCAAAGGGUUCUGGUGUCAGCAACUGCCAGGCUUCAGCCUACCCCAAAUAUGCACAAAUACCCAUUGUGGACAUGCCUCUGCCAAAGAAGCUGAACGGGAAUGAUCUGAAGAAGACAAAGGAUCACUUACUAGAGAUUAAAGUGAAGUCCUACAACACCAGAUACUACCAACUGAAAGAUGACUUUGCAUACAUCGAGGUGGAUAACAAAAAGUUCUUCAUGCAAGAUGAUGGGAUACAAGUGGUUGUGAUUGAUGGAAGUCAAGGAAAAGUUGUAGAUAGUGCAAGCUUCAAAACUGCCAUCCUACAAGGAAUCCCAGCUCAGUUCGAUAACUAUGUAUCAGACAUCAAAGACAACUCUAUUGUGGUCAUCGUAUCAAAAGGAAAACUUUACCACAAAGGACCUUGGAUCAAGAUCCUGCGAAAACUUGGAGCUGAAGCUGAUCUAAAGCUGAAAGAUAAGCUAGCCUUCAUUGGAUACAAGGGACAUUUCCGACCUAUCUGGAGCAAGAUGGUGACUAACACAGAGGCUGUGAAGAUUUACCAAGUUGUCCCAUUCCCUGUAGAGAGAAAAAAAGAACAACUCACAAUUUUCUCCCAUUGACCCUGCAGAGAGGAGGCUUGAGUUUUACUAUGAGCACCUGGGUGUUGUAUGGAAAAAGUAGCACCCAUUGGCUUCUUGUACCCACUGCACCUGGCCCCCAUGUGCCCAGUGCAGCACCAGCAUUGAAGAGAACUUGUUAGCAUAUAGAAUAUGUUUCCUACUAACACAUUGAUUCCUAUGUGGAUUCAUCCUAGUCGUGUUCUCACCACCAGGUUAGCACAGUUGCACACUAUUCACAGCUUUUCUGUGGCAGUAGAGUUGUUCCGGUUUAAAUGGAUUGUUUGCAUCAAACAGGUUUGCCAGAAUACUCAAUAUUUUCCUUGUAAAACCUGAAUCCCCGACUUUAAUCCAUCUUUUGCCAAAAAGAACAUUUUGCAGCAAGGGUUAAUAUGCGGCUCGCAAAGGCAGGGUUAUAUCCUGAAUAUACAAUGAGGGACCAAAGUCUUACAGUGAGAUGUGUCUGUCUCUAAUAUGUUGUGUUGAUAUAGAUGGACGCGGUCAUCUGGUAUAACAUACCGCAGAUGGAAGUCAUUUCUGCAGCACGCACAGACGGCAGGACUUCCUCCAGUCUACCGCUCCAAGCUUCUUGUUCAAUUGAACAUUUACAUUUUGCCUUUAGAGAUGUAGCUUUUUUUUAAGGGAAAUAACCAUAAUUUUAAGCAGACAUGCAUAGGUAAAAUAGCAAAGAGUGAGGGUAUGGAAAUACAAACCAUACCUUCUAUAGGUACACUUCAUUAAAAGGACAGUCGGAUGAUUCCGUCGACUACUAGACUAGAUCUAAUAAUAUUCGUCUUCUAAUAAUUUUUUGUUAAUAUUUUGGCAGUUCUAUUAUUCUAGCAUAGCGGGAAGGUGUAGCACACAUUCUAUUUUGAGAUAGAUUCCUAUGGAGUUAGAACAGUACUGUUAUGACCAUCCACAUCAGAGAUUUAGGCUACGUUUCCACUUGGUUAUUUUCUGGCAGUUUUUGGAUAUCUGCCACUGCAGUUUUUGAGCCAAAGCCAGAAGUGUAUUCAAAAGGAAUAGGACAUAUAAAGGAAGGACUGACACUUCUCCUCCCUUAUGGAUCCACUUCUGACUUUGGCUCAAAACUGCCAGAAAAAAAAACCAAAUGGAAACUUAGCCUUAUUCAGAAUUAUACAGGUUUCUCAUCUCUAAGGGUACGUUCACACACGCUGAUUUUUUAGCGGGUUUUCCGCUGCGUAUUUGAGAGUG